UCCCUCCCUCCCUCCCUCCUUUGCCCAGCGCCCGCAGCCGGGAUUUCAGUAUUAUGGCAUCGAGGAGAAUGGAGACCAAACCCGUGAUAACGUGUCUGAAAACCCUCCUCAUCAUCUACUCCUUCGUUUUUUGGAUAACCGGUGUUAUCCUUCUGGCUGUUGGUGUCUGGGGGAAGCUGACUUUAGGCACAUACAUCUCUCUUAUUGCUGAAAACUCCACUAAUGCCCCUUAUGUUCUCAUUGGGACGGGCACCACGAUUAUUGUCUUCGGAUUAUUUGGAUGUUUUGCCACAUGUCGCGGGAGCCCAUGGAUGCUGAAACUGUAUGCCAUGUUCUUGUCCCUGGUCUUCCUGGCUGAGUUAGUGGCUGGCAUUUCGGGAUUUGUGUUUCGCCAUGAGAUCAAGGACACUUUCCUUAGGACAUACACUGAAGCCAUCCAGAAUUACAAUGGAAACGAUGAGAAGAGCCGUGCAGUGGAUGAUGUACAACAGAGUCUGAGUUGCUGUGGAGUCCAGAAUUACACUAACUGGAACACUAGCCCAUAUUUCAAUGAACAUGGCAUCCCACCAAGCUGUUGCAUGAACUCCAGUGACUGUAAUCCCGGGGACCUCCGUAACAUGACCAUUGCUCCUACUAAAAUCAACCAGAAGGGCUGUUACGAUCUAGUGACCAGUUUUAUGGAGACAAAUAUGGGAAUCAUUGCUGGAGUGGCUUUUGGAAUUGCAUUCUCACAGUUAAUCGGAAUGCUGUUGGCAUGCUGUUUGUCACGAUUUAUUACCGCCAAUCAGUAUGAGAUGGUGUAACAAGGCGUGUGAACUACAGCCGCACGUGUUUUCAAUCAGGAACUGGGUAAUUCUUGGAAGACUUCUUAAGAAUGUUAGAGCACACAUACACAACUACACAUACACUCACCUGAAAGUCGCCACCUUCUAAACUCUGUACCAUGCGUAGUGUACCAUUCCGUGAAGUACUGUCGUGCCACAGAAGUAGCCUGAACCAUUCAGCAUCCAGUACUGUACACUCCAUCCUGAAGGCUUUGCAUACGAUGGCACUAUAUGUAUGUUCUUGGUCAGACUGUAGUUGCAUUGUAAAGUUAACAGAGGUAAUCCAUUAACAGCAAUGACUGGGCUGUGCAUGUAGUGACUGGGGGCGUAAUUAGCCUUUCACAAUGGUUAAUAAAUGUCGCACACAUCCAUAUUAAACUUGUAUACAAAUAUAUAUAUAUAUAUAAAUAUAAAAUAUUAUUUUGGUUUAUUAAAUUUUUAAUUUCUUGAUUUUCUUUACUGCGUUACUAAGGUGUUUUUUUCCCCCAGUCUGCCUACUUCUCUCCCACCCCACCUAAAAUCUGCCCAAAUAAGAAGAAAUUUGUUACAGGAUGAAAUACUUGAAAAAAAAUGUCCAAAAUUUGCUUGAGGGAAAUUGUUCUUUUGAUGUUCUGCUGCAUCUUGGAUUUUUAAUCAAUGUUGUAUAUCCUGUGUGUUUACCAGUUGGCCUUUGUCUAGUGCAUUUUGCCUCUGAACCUGAACCUGUGUAAUAUUGUUACUAAAGCUGUGUUGUUUGCUUACUGUGAAGCCUGUAGAUCCACUUCCUUUUUAUUAGUCCAUUAUGGAUUAAUCAAACUGUGCUGUGGUGCAACUUUCUACUUCUUUUCUCUCUCUUUUAUUCUCCUUUUACAUUGAAGUUGCCACCAAAUACAUUAUCAAAUCAACCAAACUUUAAAUAGAAAAGAGAGUGUGGAAUAUCUGGGGUGGUUGGGGGGGGGAGGGAAGCAAAAGUUUAAGACCUUUUUAAAAAAAUAGGAAUUUUUUAAUAAGGCCUCUGUCUAGCAUGCCAGCAAGAAUGCAUCGAUAUUGUGAGUAUUUGUGAUAUACAUAUUAAUAAAUGGAACCAUUACGGA